GGCAGGGCCAUGGGUUCCCGGGCGGCGGGUGCUGCUCGCGCAGGGGCCGGCGAGCCGCCCGCCGAGGAGGAGAUGCCUGAGCUGUCCGACGAGGAGGAGGCCUGGGAGGAGGAGGAGGAGGAGGAAGGCGCUGCGGAGGGCCUGCGGACCCGCUGCCUCUUCUGCGACAGGUGGUUUAGUUCUGCUGAAGAUGUAUUCUCCCACUGCAAAACAGAGCAUCAGUUUAAUGUUUGUGAUGCAGUCAAGAAAUAUGGACUUGAUUUUUAUGGAUACGUUAAACUAAUAAACUUUGUCAGGUUAAAGAAACCAACAGGAGCAUAUAUGAGUUCUCUCAGCAGCCCACUGCCUUGGGAAGGAGAGGAAUAUUUGAAACCAGAGCUAGAAGAUGACCUUCUACUUCAGUUUGAUAUAGAAGAUCUUUGUGAACCUGCAAACGUUUUGCCGUCUAAUGACUUAAAUGAUACUAUGGUGCUCCUUGAACAAUUAAAACAUGCAGAACACAGAGCAAGACUCGCAGAAGCAGCCUUGGCUAGAGCACAAGAUGAUCUUCAAAAAAUGAAACAAUUUGCCCAGGAUUUUGUGAUGAACGCAGAUGUCAGGAGCAGCUCGUCAUCCAGCGCCAUUGCAGACCUUCAGGAGGAUGAGGAUGGUGUUUACUUCAGCUCCUAUGGGCAUUAUGGGAUACACGAAGAGAUGCUAAAGGAUAAAGUACGUACAGAAAGCUAUCGUGACUUCAUCUAUCAAAAUCCACAUAUCUUCAAGGACAAGGUGGUUUUGGAUGUUGGCUGUGGAACUGGAAUACUCUCCAUGUUUGCCGCCAAAGCAGGCGCGAAGAAAGUGAUUGGAGUCGACCAGUCUGAAAUCAUCUAUCAGGCCAUGGACAUCAUUAGAUUAAACAAACUUGAAAAUAUCAUUACAUUAGUCAAAGGAAGAAUUGAAGAAGUAGAUCUGCCUUUGGAAAAAGUGGAUGUAAUUAUAUCUGAAUGGAUGGGUUAUUUCCUUCUAUUUGAGUCAAUGCUGGAUUCUGUCAUCUAUGCAAAGGACAAGUACCUGGCAGAGGGAGGCUCAGUUUAUCCUGACAUUUGCACCAUUAGUUUAGUAGCUGUUGGGGAUAUGAAUAAACAUGUGGACAAGCUACUUUUCUGGGAAGAUGUAUAUGGCUUUGACAUGUCUUGCAUGAAGAAGGCUGUAAUUCCAGAAGCUGUUGUGGAGGUGCUGGAUCCAAACACACUGAUAUCUACAGCCAGUGUCAUUAAGCAUAUCGACUGUAAUACUGCAUCCACUCCAGACUUAGAAUUCUCUUCAGAUUUCACCCUACCCAUUACAAGGAGCACAAAGUGUACGGCAGUUGCUGGUUAUUUUGACAUAUUUUUUGAGAAGAACUGUCACAACAAGGUCUUGUUUUCAACUGGUCCCCAGUGUACCAAAACACACUGGAAACAGACAGUUUUUCUUCUGGAGAAACCAACUCCUGUAGAAGCAGGAGAGGCCCUGAGAGGAAAGAUAACAGUCCGCAAAAACAGAAAGGAUCCACGGUCCCUCUUUAUAACCCUUUCGGUGAAGGACACACAGCAGACCUACAGCCUUCAGUGAAAAUUCUGUGCAUAUAACUUUGGGAAAUGUCAAAUUUAAAUGUUACAUUUAACUGUUGAUAACUGUUUCUAAAUAUCCAAAAAUGGUACACUCUUGGAUUUUUUGUAUGUAUAUGCACAGAAAGAAUAUGGAAAGUUUACGUAGAAUUGAGAGAGUACUGUUUGGAUGCUUUUGCACUGGGAUAUGGAGACUGACGACAAAAUCAGAUUGUGCUGCGUUUCACGUGAUGUGGAGAAGGCAAAGAUGGUUUGGGGUUACGUGAGACUGGUCGGUGAGAAAAAUCAGAUUAAAGUCUUGCUGUGAGGAACAAUGAACAUGAUCUCUCAAAUUAUUUUAUUCUCCAACUGGCAAAAUCCUUGUGCAAUUUUUUAUUUUUUUUUUUUUUUUUAGGAAAGAAGCAGCUAAAUCAUGUGCCAGUGCACCUCAGCAGUAGCUGGAAAAUCCCAGUUGGAAUAAGUUUGGAAUUCCAACUGAAGGAUUGCAGCAACAAAGACUUUAUUUUUAUUACACUUCUAUAAUUAAAAAGUUGUACCACAUUUCAGUUACGUUUAUCUAAAUAAAUGAAGCAAGUAUGUUAUAUAAUGCA